AUUGCUUUUUAAUAAACGUAAUCCACACGAGUUGGCAGCACCUGCUAUAGGAAACUUAGAACUUUAUUGCUAAACGAUGUCGGAGAAAGAAAACAUCCUCAACAACACCGCAGGUGGUUGCCCCGCGGAAGAGGACAAGCAGCAGGAGAAAGAUCAGGAGAAGGACAAGCAGGAAGAGCCGGCAAAGAAAAAAUCUGAGGAGGCCGGUUCUUCACCGCCACCAAAGCGCAUGCGAGUCGACGAUCCGGCCCGCGGAGAGGUGGCUCGGCUGUUCGUCGAGUUGGAGGUACAACAGGCAGAGCUGGAAUUGAGCGCUAGUGGCUGCGACUCAGGGAAUCUUGGUGGCGCUGGCGGCAACAAUUCCAAUAAGACCCAAAUGGAGUCCCAAGAGAAAGAGCAGGAUCAGGAAAAGGAGGAGGAGGAAGAAAAAGAGCAGAAGGAGGACGAGAUGGAGGAGGAAGAGCAGGAGGAGGAGGAUGAAGAGCAGGAAGAAGAAGAGGAGGAGGAUGAAGAGCAGGAAGAAGACGAGCAGGAGGAGGGAGAGCCGACAAAGAAAAAACCCAAGGAGGCCGGUUCGACGCCGUCACCAAAGCACAUGGGUGCCGCCUAGGAAUGCUCGGUUGGUCCGCUGUACAGCUACAUGUUUGGUGACACGGUUUUGUUUCAAACAUGUGCCCGACAAGCUACUCAUUGACUUCAUUACGAGCUUGAAGCUAGAGGACUAAAAAACUCCGAAGCCCAAAAAUUUAUAAAAUAACUAGAGCGAUCUCCCAGCCAUCAUUAAAAUACUUUGAAUCAGAUCACAAUAUAUAACUCAAAUUACUUCUUUUUUUUUGGUAUUUAUCUUGUAACACAAAAAAAAAACACGCUUCAAAAUAAAAACUGAAUUCG